AUGUUUUUUCUUUUUUUACGAUUCCUUCCUUCUAACUUUUUUUUUUAUUUUCCUACUUCAUUUUUUUCAUUUUCCUACCUCUCCUUCAUUUUCUUCAUUUUUCUACAUCUUCCUCCAUUUUUAUCUAUAUGCUUUUCUCAUUUUCUUUCAUCUUCUCGCAUUGUUCUGUUUUUCUUCAUUUCUUCUAUUUUUUUUAUUCUUCUUCUCAUUCACAUCUUUUUUCUCAUUUUCUUACCUUAUUUUAUUUGGCGUUUUUUUUUAAAUUAUUUUUCUUUUAAUUCUCUUCGUUUAUCUUGUCUUUUUUCUUCCUUUUCCUCUCCACAAUUCAUAAUUCUAUUAUUUUUAUACUUAUUUUUUAAACUAUUUCUUUUUUUAUUUACUGUUAGCCAAUUUAUUCUGACUUUCGUUCUCCUUUUACAUCGUUUUCAAUAUUUGUUAUAUUCUUCCUUCUUCUUCACGGGUUUUCUUCUUCCUUAUUUGCUUUCCCCUUAUUUCAUACAUUGUCUUUUGCUGGCCUUUUUUUCUUGUUCCUCUUUUUAUUUACAUCUUUAUGCUUUAGUAACGCUUUUUCCUUCUUUAAUUUAUUUAGUUAAUCCACUCUUGUCUUUUGUUUAUUUUUUCAUUCUUCUUUCGUUUUCUUUUCAUCUUUCUUUAUUUUUCUUUUCUUUCUUAAUUUUCUUUUUUUUUUUUUUUUUUUGUUCGAUGUUCCUAUUUAUGAAUACUUUGUUUCUGUCUCACUAUAUUUCUUUCUUUCCCUUCUUUCAUUCCUUUUCCAUUUGUUGUUUUCUUUAUUUUACUCAUUCCUGCAUCUAUAAUUUGGCACUUUUUUUUCUAACGAUUAUUUUCAUUCUUUCUGUUGUCUUUCUAUUUUCCUACCAUUCUGUCUAUCUUACUUUCACUCAUUCAGUUUUCCUUCGCUUUCUUUCUUUCACGCUGCUAUUUCUAGAUUCUUCUUCUUCCUCACUUUUAUCGCUGAUGGAAUCUCUAUGCUGA